AUGUCCACUUCUUCCUCUUCCACUCCUCCAACCGAAGAAAAAGUGACACUCAAUAUUCGAUUGUUGGACGGAACACCCAUGCAAGUGAUCUUCAAAUCUGAAGCAAAAUUAUCAGUUGUUCAACGCUAUGUUCAAGUAAAAGCAGUUGAAUUAGGAAAACAUAAAUUACCUUGGGGAUCUGCAUAUAUUGAAGACAAUGGAAUUGAAUUUGAAACCUUGAUGCCAAAGAAAAGAUUUCACUAUGAAGAGUUUCCGAACAUUACUUUGAAAGAGGCAGGUUUAUUUCCUAAAGCAGCACUCGUAGUGGUACGACCCGAUAAAGAUCCGAAUGAUCUGAAGAGAGGAACGGGAACCAUUGCUGAUGCCAAGAAGGGUGAUGUGAUUCAUCAUGCACAUCAUGUUCGAGGUGACAGCUAUGAAAAGAAACAAGCCUUCGCCGAGAAGCAACGCUUGGAGGAACAAGAGCAGAAGAAAAAGGAAGUGGAGGAAAAGAAAAGGGAAUUAGAAAAAAUUAGAGCUCAAAUUAAAGAGGAUAAAGAAACGAGAUCAACAGUCAAUUGGGUAGCAAAUGCCUUAAAAAAGGAUAAAAAGGAUAUUACAAAGAGCUCAAAUCUACCUCCAAACACCUAUCAGUAA